AUAAUUUCAUACAAUUCAACAAGGUUUUUAAUACUCCACUAUAGAGAUGCUCUUGUCAAAGCAAUCUGAUAUAUUUGUAAAGGACCAAUUGCACUGGCACUAGUAGUUAUAUCAGUAGGCCACAGGACUAUACAGCGAAUUUCCUGUUAUUGUAGCCAAGCAGUAGUGUCUCUUACUUGCUUCAACUUCAAAGUUUAGACUAGACCUUUUAUUCCCUUUAUUUUGUCUUACACUUAGGCGGUUUUCUAAACCUUGAACCGUCUAGACAGUAUACUAAAAACUAGCUGUAAAUGUCUAAAUUGGGGGCUAUUGGACCCUCUGGCCACUCCAAAUGCGGCCCUACCCCAAAAUAGUCGAGAAGAAUGCAGUAGGCUACUGUUUACUUGUCAGGCUAUUGAGUUUAAAGGAACGCAAAAUGUACACGACCAAAAUGAUCUAUUACGUUAUAUAAGUCUUUAUAGUAUAUAUUUUUCAUAUUUAACUUCAAUUGGCAAGACCAUGAAAGCGAAGAAAACCCAUACCUAACAAGGCCUAUGAUUUGAUUUGGCAGCUUUAAAAAAAAAAGUGGUGUAUUUAUUAUAAUUGUUUUAAUUAUUUGUAUCAAAUAGCCUAUUGUUAAUUGAAUUAAUAAAUGUUCUUUCCUGCCUUUGAAUUUCCCGUAUAACGUCAAUGUCGUCCCCUAUCACUUUUUUUUUAAAUAACUAGGCUAUAGGCGCCUUUGGGCUGAUGUCUUGAGAAACGACGCCUUCUGAAUGAUAUCUGCAUUGCAGUAGGAUUCCAAUAUGGCUGCGAAGCAGUGAGUUUUCCUUUAUGAAAAGUAAGCAGAUACAGGGAUACAGUUUCUUGUUUGAAGUUGAUAACUGUCUUCUACAUACUAACCAAUUAAGAUGUUGCAUUACAUUUAGCCUUUAUGCAAUAUUCAUGAAAUCAUCCGCAAUCUUCUGAUGUGGUAGCAUUACGCACGACUUCAACAGUCUUACAAGAGUAUAAUAUAGUUUAGCUUAAGUAACAACACUGAAACCAAAAAUAUGUGUCAUAAUCAAGGGUUUAAUUCGAAUCCACGGAUAGGUCCCUCGUGUGUUAGAAUUUAACAAAGUAAGGCAGUGCACUGCAGUAUACUAAAAGUGAACCAGUCGACCAGUGUGUCAUCCUAAAUAAGCCUAAAUAUUUCUGUGACCAAUGCUUUUUCACUUUUAGCAUCGCGCAAUGAUUUUCUUUUCGAUGAAGAAUGUAGGCCUAUGUGGUCUAAUAGGCAUGCCAUGUUGGACAUGUUAGUGUAUCUGAUCAUUCGAAUUGUGUUCCUAGCUGUAGGAAAUAAGUCACAAACACACACAUAUCAGUCAGUCUUUUGAUUGAACAUUUUUAUUGGGUUUUUGGUUCAAUAAAUAGGCCUAGUUGGGAAAAAACAUUGUGCAGACAUGGUGAAUGCUCGUUCCUAUUCUAACCACACGAGGGCAGACGUGUAGCAAGUUUCGGUCUGAGUUUGUUCAUGAAAACACACAUAGGUUGAAUUACAGCUGUGGUCUGGAAUAUUAUUGAAAGGCUUGUAAAUGUUCUUGUUUGUGGUUUGGUGAUAGAACAUAGCAUAUGUUCGGUGAUCUGGCUGUCUUUUUUGACUUGGCUUCCUUCUGGUAAACGUAGCUUCAUUUAAAAAAAUUAAAAACACAAUAGCCCAAGCAGACUUUGUUUCGUUCAUGCAUUCCAUGCAUUGCAAUCAAAGGGGCACCAUCACUGUUCCUAACGCCACCAUUUUAAAGUGGAUUAAACAGUAGCCUUAACUAUGUGGAUUUGUAUAUCAUAGGCCUAUAGAAGACACCAAGUCCAACUUAACCCUGGCAUAUAUUGGACAUGACUUGAAAUGUUGCUGGGUUAAACUUGGUUUCCAUUCCAAAUAACCCUAAAGUAAUUAAAUACUUGUUAAAUGAUGGAAUAAGGCACAUGACCUAUCUGGAUUCCUCAAUCAACCCUGGUUAGACUGAAAUUAUCGUGUGCAUUAUCGAUGCAUUAAACUAUUUUGAUUUGGACGGCCGUUAAGCCUUAUCUAGUAAAUAUGUUGUCUAAUCAUUUCAACCGAUGUUACCUGAUAGGGUAAAAGGAUGAUUUAAAAUGGGAUGUGUAAACCUAAGAUGUUGAAUAGACCAUGGGUUUUUAUAUUUUACUGAAUUAUUUGCUGAAUUAUUAAAGGCCCUAUAAUCACGGUCAGAACACCUGGAUGGUUUUGAUGUUGUAUUCCUGGAGGUAAAAACAACACAUGGCACACUGGUGAAUUCGUAACGUGUCCUAAAACGUGAUUUUUUCCUUUUCUACGUUUAAUAGAAGCAUAUUGUAUGUCUGCAUUUUUUUGCGUAAUUGACCAUUUGGCAUGUAUAUCCGUAUAGGACAUUUAUAACUUCAGAAAUAUUUUGGAGAGCAAAUUCUGUUUUUAGGCUAUUGUUCAUUUAGACAUAUAUUGAAGCAGCCUAUAUAUCGCACUUCUAAUUAAUUCCUUAUAUUGACAUCUUUCUCACUCUUCUUUCGAUCGAGCUUAUAUGUUAGAUUUCUCAAACGUGUUUCUGAGGCAUCUUCAUAUUAGGGUUGACCUGAAGCAUUGUUUUGGCCUACAACCUUGAAGGUUAAGCUUCAGACGUAGGGCUAUGCUAGUGUUGGACGUCCUUGGAUGUGCACUCGCGCUCUCAUUGUUGAAAUCAUGUUUAAAAAACAAUGCUCCCCUUACGCGUGCAUGUAUUUGGGUUCUUUUACAGGCAUGUUAGGGUAUCAUAGGUUCAUUUACAAAGAUCGAUGCUUAAAUUUAAAGAAACAUCAUGAAACAAAUGUACAUAGGCCACAUAUAAAUAUAUAGCCUAUUAGAUAUAAUCUAUAGGCUGAUAUUUUCCUCCCAUAUUUAUUUUCUUUAGUAAAUCUACGUGCACAAACUUGGCUCAUUGAGGUAGGCCUAUUCAGCGUGUCAUUAAUGGCAUCCUCUAAAUACAAUUAGUAGUAUUAUUCAGCAAAUAAUCGGUUUAUGUAUACUUGUUGAUUUGUUCAUUCAUUGCUAUUUCUCUGGGUAAAAAAUCCACAUCAUCUACCUAUUUCAAAACGUGGACCUGCUAAACCGAUGUGAGAUGAUGAAUUGAGAAUAGGUGUAUGUUUAGCGCUGUAGUGGAUUGUUAUUAAAACGCAUUAGUUUCCUAUUCCGUCAUAUAGGUCACAAAGAAACUAAGUGCGCCAUACCCAGAGCAGGCAUUCAAAGGCUAUUACAAUUGUUCUGAAAAAAUUAGAACCGGGUAAUCGAUAUCACCUCUGUGUAGGCUUUCCUUGUAUUUUCAUUUUUAAAGAAUAACAUCCUACUUAAACCAGACGCUGUUUAAUUAAGAAUCCAAUGACAACAAAAAAAAUAUAGGCCUAUAAUAGCCAUAUUUGCUUUUAAUUUUGGUUGUAAUUGUUUAAUUACCUCCUGUAAAUUGAUUUUUCUUUUCAGUUAGGAUUAGAUUACGAUCACUACACCGUCAUUAUUUUAGUUAAUGUCAAAGCAUUGGCUUUAGUAGUUCUAUAGCCUAUAAAAGUGAGUAGAUUACCUAUUGGUCGUGAACUUAAAUUGUGUUAAAGGUGUUCAAAGUGGUCAAGGUAUGGGCAUUGGAGCUUGAUGCAACUGUACAUUAUUUUCAGGUUAAGACCAUGCACAUCAGCUUUGAUUUUGUUUCAUGCCAAGCAAAGAGAACAGGCUAAAUAUUCAAGAUGUCCUUUGUCAGUCUUGGAAUCAAUUUCAAGUCCGUGUUCUAGGUGUCGCUGUUGACCACGUCUGCCUCCCAGUCAUGAGUCAAUUCGUCCAUGUGAUGGGAAAAGAGGCUGCGUCUCAAGGCCAUUUUCAAAUUUCAUUGGUGAGCUUGUCAUGUGGUAGAGAGGCAUCCUGAGCAACACGGAGAUUGUUGUGCUAGAUAUGUCAGCCUACAAAGAACAUCUCUCUCCUUUUUAAAACUUCUCCAAAAAUGUCCUUUCCCAACAGCUCUCCUGCUGCAAAUACGUUUUUAGUUGAUUCGUUGAUUGGCGCUUGCAGAACAGACAGCUUUUACUCCAGCAGCAACAUGUACAUGCCGUCCGGUGCAGAAAUGGGAACUUAUGGAAUGCAAACCUGUGGACUCCUGCCGUCUCUCGGUAAACGAGGGGACGUCAACCACCAAAAUAUGGGCAUGAAUGUCCACUCUUACAUACCUCAAAUUGAUAACUGGACAGAUCCGAAUAGAUCUUGCAGAAUAGAGCAACCAUCCAACCAGAUGCCCAAUUGCACAUUUUCACAAAACAUUAAGGAGGAGAGUAAUUACUGCAUGUAUUCAGACAAGAUAGCAAAGGUCAACUCGUCCGAUGUCCCUGUAUAUUCUAAUAUAAUCCCCGAAUCGUGUUCAGUUGAUGGCCCCGAGAUCCCUGUUCCGGGCUAUUUCAGACUGAGCCAAACUUACGCGAGUGGGAAACACCAGGACUAUGGCCACGAGAUGACGAGUCCAAACACCACAUUGAUGCAGCUCAACAGAAUUACUCCCAAACCGCAGUUGUCUUCCUUUGUCGAAGUGGAAAAGAAAACGGCUGAUAUACCGCAUAACCGGGAGAUCAGCAGGACACCCAUCCCCGCGGAAAGCCCGGAUCCAAAGUCGAGCGCGCAGGAGGAGAAGAAUUGCUCCACUGAAGCUUCAGUCUCCAGCCCAGAGUUGCCAAAGAAGGAAGCGAAAGACAGCAAAACUGACCCUCCAACGAGCAAUUGGUUGACUGCAAAAAGUGGAAGGAAGAAAAGAUGCCCCUACACAAAGCACCAGACGCUGGAAUUGGAAAAGGAGUUUUUAUUCAACAUGUACCUGACUCGAGAGCGCCGUCUAGAGAUCAGUAAAGGCGUCAACCUCACCGACAGGCAAGUCAAGAUCUGGUUUCAAAACCGCAGGAUGAAGCUCAAGAAAAUGAGCAGGGAAAACCGAAUUCGGGAACUUACCUCAAAUCUCACCUUUUCGUGAGCAUGCUUACAUGCUUGUUUUAUUGUCCCUUUCCUCUCUCUUCAAAGUAGUGCUGUGGCAGCAUUGGACUUGUUUUUGUUUUUUUUCACUGAAACUGUGACUGUAAUUGCUAUUUUUGUCUCAUUUACAUUGUGACGCAUUGUGUAUUUUGAAUGUUUCAUCACAGGGUACAGGAGGCUAGAUCUUAAAUUAUUAAAAUAUAGUAGGUAUUCAUUACUGGACUGUUUGGUUUGAUUGAGUCUAAGGAAGUCACGGUGAAUUGUUUGUAAGAUCUUUUUUUUCGGACAUGAAAGCACAUUAAUAGUGGUUGAAUAGUUAAACAUUCGUUUAAGAGUUAAGCGCAAACCGUCAGCUGAAUCGUAAGUAAUCUUAUUAACGUUUCUGUAUUAUAAAUGUGGUGAGCAAUGUAAAUGGGUGUACAUCUUAUGCAUGUUUGUGGCAUGUAUCCUGCAAUAAAUUGAUUGUCAAAUGUCA